GGGGCUGAUAGAAAUUCUUUUUGGCCAUUUCCAGAAAUUUAGAAGACUCGACUGGCAGUGGCUAGCAGCUACGGCUAGCUAUACAUUCAACAAGCAGUACCUCAAGCUUUCUUAUUCAGGAGAAGAUGUAUAGAGUAUCAGCACUGGGUCGAUGGAGUCUCCCUCUUCGAUCGGCUCUCCAAAGACGUUCCAUUUCAUGUCUUUAUCACACCACCCCCUCACGCAGUGGACAACCCUCUAAUGUUGUAACGAGCCCCUUACCUCCCAUAGAGGACUCCCCGUUGGACCUCUACCGUCACGUUUUUCAAGAUUUUCCAAAGUUUGGUAACAGAACAGCUGUUGUGGACGGCAUCACUGGCCAGGAUUUCUCGUACAACCAGAUUGACGAGCUGACAAGCAAGUUCUCCUCCGGUCUCAAUAGAAGUGGAUUCAAACCCGGAGAUGUUCUCUCCAUAGUUGCUCCCAACUGUCCUGCUUACCCAGUUCUAUUCUUUGGGACCAUAGCUUCUGGUGGAAUAGUGAGCACUUGCAAUCCUGCGUACACUUCACAAGAACUUUCCUUUCAGUUUCAGGACUCUAAUGCUAAGAUAGUAGCCACAGUGUCAUCAUUGCUGCACACAGUACAAGAGGCAAUCAAAGGAACAAACAUUGAGAAGAUUAUUGUGAUCGAUGGAGACUCUCACGGUGGUAGGGACGGUCAGGAGUCUUAUCAAUCUCUCCUUGACGACAGUGGCUCUUUGUUUAACCCUGUGUCCUCUGAUAUCCACAGUACGGCAGUUUUGCCUUACUCCAGUGGCACUACCGGCCUGCCCAAAGGUGUCAUGCUCACCCACCAUAACAUCACCUCUAAUGUCUCGCAGAUGCAUCACCCGGAAUUGUUUGAAUUACGAGAGAGCUAUCGACUCAUUGGUGUUCUGCCUUUCUUCCACAUUUAUGGUAUGGUUGUGAUCAUGUUCUCAUCAAUGCGUUACGGCAGUCGAUUCGUUACUGUACCAAAAUUCGAGCCAGAAAUGUUUUUGGGUGCUUUACAGGAUCAUAAAAUAACUCUUGCUCAUCUUGUACCACCAUUGCUGCUGUUCCUAGCGAAGCAUCCUCUUGUCAACAAUUACGACCUCUCUUCAAUGAACGAGAUACUUACAGGAGCGGCCCCCGCUGGAGGAGAGAUUGUGAAAGCAGCAAAAGAGAGGAUUGGAAUUGAAACCAUCCGUCAAGGCUAUGGACUUACCGAGACAAGCCCAGUCACUCAUCUCAUGCCUUUAUCACUUGGCAUGUCGAAACCGGACUCUAUUGGCAUUAAUAUUCGGAGUGUGAGCACGAAGAUAGUUGAUCCGGAGAGUGGUGGUGUGCUGGGUGUGGGGGAGGAGGGAGAGCUGUGGGUGGCCGGACCCAACGUCAUGAAGGGAUACCUCAACAGACCAGACGCCACUGAGGCCAGCAUCACUCAGGACGGAUGGUUCAAGACUGGAGAUGUCGGUUACUUUGAUAAGGACGGGUGUUUCUACAUCACUGAUCGACUCAAGGAGCUCAUUAAGGUCAAAGGUCUCCAAGUCGCCCCAGCUGAACUAGAGGCCGUGCUCGUCUCACAUCCUAGAAUUGCUGAUGCUGCAGUUAUUGGGGUAACGGACGAGCGACAAGGGGAAUCCCCCAAGGCAUUUGUGGUCAAGAAGGAGGAGGGGCUGAGUGAGAAGGAGGUGGCAGAGUUCCUCGCCAGCAAGCUUUCCUCCCACAAGCACCUCACUGGUGGGGUGGAGUUCAUUGAUGUCAUCCCUAAGUCAGCCUCAGGCAAAAUUCUCAGACGUCUGCUAAAGGAAAAAGACAAAUAAUUUAGAGCGUUGGAAUUUUUGUAUUUUAGCUAUUUGCUUAGUGUCUGCAGUAUAUACAUUUUUGUGGUUUAAUUUUUAACUUUUUUUGACCUACCCAAAAAUUCGUUGUUAAGCUUCAAUCAA